AUUUGAACCAUUUGAAAUGCUCUUAUUGAAGCAGAGACAAAGUUAUGGAUUUGACCUACAAGCUCAAGGCUACUUCCAUUGACCUUGAUCUACUUGAGGUCCGAUUCGAUAUUUUAUUUGUUGUUCAUAUUCUUCUUGGGAUGUGUUGAUAGACAAAUUAAAUGUCCUAGGAAGGAAUUUUGAUCCUCCUUUGGGUUUUCUAUUUAGAUGAACUACCACUUUCAUCAUUUAGGCCCAUGAAGCAAGUACCCAGUACUCAAGAUUCAUCCUAUGAGUUUGAAAUAAAUACUGUCGGGCCUUCAAGCUCAUUCAAUAAAACAAUUCAAGCUAUUUCAACUGAUUGCUCAAAGAUUUCUUUUUCCUUGCCUCCUGCGAGCAAAUAUGUUCCGGGAUCUAGUCCUUCCAUACAUAAACUCCCGUUUGAUGUGAUUCUAGAGAUUUUCAAGCUUCUUCCAGCCUCCGACUUACUACACAAUGUUCCAGCUGUCUGUCAGUUGUGGUAUUAUGUGUCUUUAACCCCUGUUCUUCGCACUCGUCUUGUUCUACGACGUCAGAUACCAGCCGAAUUAAUUACCAAAGCUAUUUCCAGUCGGCCGAUGCUUCGAGUUCUACGCUGUCUGGCACUUAAACAUGCGGAAUCUGUACUGCCGGAUGCUAUUAAGCUUUGUCCCUUGCUUACAUGCCUUAAUAUAGGGUUUAGCACAUUGAGCGAGCGAGCAACAACUAUCCUCGUCAAUAAUCUCCCACCAACAUUACUGCAUCUCAACGUUGAAGGUGUAAAUACUAUAGAGAUUGAUUUCAUUACUACUUUAGUACUUAGGUGUCCGAAAUUAGAAGCACUCAAUCUGUCACAUUGUGUUUCAGUGUGUGAUACAUGUGUAAAAGUAAUUUCAAGUGGACUACACAAUCUACGCCGUCUAAACCUGGAUGGCGUUCUUUGGAUUACAGACACCGGUGUUUUACAUCUGGCCGACAGUGAAGCUGUACGUAAUGGUAACCUUGAUGCAAUAUGGUUAGAUGGUUUUGAACUUUCAAAUUCCGGAUUAAAUGAAUUUAUUGUUCGAUUGGAAUGUGCUACAAAACGGACACCAGAAUUUGAAGAUCUUAUAAAUCCAGAAAUUGAACACCAUGUAAUCGGAAUUCAACAACUGUGGAUUAGCUUUUGUGAUCAUGUUGAAGAUGAAGCAGUUAAAUCCAUAGCUAACCUUUCAAAUCUUGUCGCUCUUACAUUGAGGAAAACUCAUCAAGUCAGUCCUACCGGUUUAAGCUCAUUAUUUGUCUCCAAAAGUUUAAGUCAUUUGGACCAUCAAUUAAAGUUGAGGUAUCUUGAACACUUGGAUUUAAGUGAAGCACCUGGUUUGAAUGAUUCAGUAGUAAUGGAUAUUUGUAGCUGUUGUGGUAGUCGCUUACGCUUUCUUACCUUAAACUGGUGUUGGGAAGUUACUGAUAUUGGUGUGAACCAAAUAAUUGAGAUAUGCAGUUCUUUACGCCAGCUAAGCCUUAUUGGGAAUUCCGUUAUUCAAGGAAAAGCAUUUGCUGAUAUCCCGUUAAAAGUACCUCAUUUAGUGAUAUUAAAUUUGACUCAAUGUAAUCACGUUGUUGAUAAUAUACUUGAAGAUCUUUCACUUAGAAUGCCAAAUUUAUAUGUAUUUGACUUCUUCGGUGAACGUGUCGGUGGAGGACUGAAUGAUAUUUGCCACUUUGAUAUAUCUAGAGCAUUGGGCAAGGUGCCCAUUUGUACAGAUUAACUAGUUGUGUUCAAAAUUAAUCAAAUUACUUCAGCUUUCUAUUCAACAUUUUACUAGUUAUUAAUUAAUCUGUGAUAUUUACAUCUAAGUCCUAUCCACACUAUCUAAUCCUCUUAGUUUUCCUAUUUUUCGUUGAUUCUGUGUCAUUACAGCAUCGUAUUUAUUAUCAAGAUAACAUGUAAUUAUUAAGCAGAUUUUGUCCAUUCUUUUAUAGAAAUCUUGUACAUUUUCUUUGUUAUUGACAAAUUACGGCGCAUACAAGUGCACAUUGUGUUUGCCAUGAAGGCAAUAAAAAUGCUUUAGCUAGUGAUAAAACUAGUUUAGUAUGGGGAAAUUUCUUUACAUGUUGUCAUGCUGGAUAAAAAUAAGAUUUCUAUUUUGUGAUUGAAAUUUAUUUGACAUUUUUUGCAUGUUUUAAAGUUGAUGAAGCUGUAUCAUAUCCACUUCCACUUUUUAUUCUCAACUAUUCCAAGUUUAUUGUUUAGUAAUUGUUGCAUAAUACCUAUUUUUGUUAAGAAGAAACAAUACACACUAAACAUGUGUUUAGCCUGUCCUUAGAGAAGGUAGUUCAAUUUUUUAUUGAUUAAAAGUGCAUACGAAUGAAAAAAGAUGUAAUUUCAUGUUAGUGACUAUUUUACAUGAAACAGUUGCGGAAAUGAUAAUUUCCUACAAAAUGACUAAUAAACCAACUCAUUUAACUUGUGCUAAUUAAAAAUAGAAAGCUCUGAUCAAUGUCUAUACUGAUCAAAUACCGACAUGGUCUUCAAUUGUAGCACUGUUCUUGUUCGAAACAAGAGUAUUCUUGAGAUUGCAACAUAAGAUCAUUAAUAGAAUCCUUUUUCAAGACUAUCAAAUAGUAAACAGUUUUCAUAACAGAACUCUUAAACAAUACGGUUUCACACAAUUAAGGUGAAAAUCAUCCAUUACUACCGUAUUAUCGUGCCACAUUUCUAAUGUUAUAUAGAAGCACGGAUAAGUUCCUACACUUUUUGUUACCAGACACUAAUACACAAUUGCUGAAUUUCGGAACAUUAUCCCUGAUAACCCUAGGCUUAUAGCUUUGAUGUGACCAAAAGUACAACAGUUUUAUGGUUCUCACAUAGUACUGCCGUUUUGUUUUCUGCAGUUUCCUUCAUCGUUCUUUUACAUAACAGCGAGAAACGUAUCAGUGCAGUAACUUUGUUUUAUAAAAUUCACAGGAUUCGAGUUUUCUCAAUAUCUAAAUAAAAGGUUCCAUAAUUUGAUAGAUGUUGUAUGUAUAUCGUUUCAACUUGUUUUGUCAUUUCAUAAAAAAACGAACGAUGAACAAGCUGAAGCCCAUGUAGC